AUAUCGUGUCGGUCGCCUUCGGCGUACAGCGAGAUUGAAGUGGUACUUGAUGACGGUACGCUGCAACGACGCACCGUUUCGUUAUCGACCAUGCCUGAAGCGUAUUACGACGAUGACCAAGAUGAUCACCCUCCUUCCAUCAAUGGGAACACACCGUCUUCAAAUUCUUCUUCAUCAUCUACCUCGAGUGACACCGACGCGGCUGAUGCUUCACUCACGAAUCUCAAGCAACGUACAGGAUCCGAGAAUCUGCCGUUCCCCCAACGCUGGUCCUCGGGCUGGAAUCGACUGAAACGACGGUGCCAAUCGUACCGGCAAUAUCUUCAAAUAACUCCUGAACAACGUCUCGUUUUGAAAUGCAGUUUCGCCUAUUUUCUCGCUUCACUGUUUACGUUUAUUCCGCGUUUGAACGCCAUGGUGGGCCACAAUCGAACGUCGAGCCACUUGAUAGCGACCGCCACGGUGUUUUUUAAUCCGGCCAAAACAUUGGGUGGGAUGGUCGAAGCAGCCGCGUACGGAUGGGGUUACGUGAUUUUUGCCUUGGCUAUCUGCAUGGGAUCGAUGGUCACAACGGAUUUUUUCAUUGAUCGCCAUUUUAUUGUCACGGCGCAUGCUAUAUCCUUGAUGCUGUGGUUGGCUGGAGCCACUUUUGCCAUCGCUUUUCUCAAGGCUCACUGGAAUAAGCCUCCCGUCGCUACAGCCUCCAGCUUGUGUUUCAUCAUUAUUUUCAUCGUCGUUGUCCGCGAAGGAUCGGCAAACAAGGGAGAUUUCGAUACAACCCGCAUCGAACAGAUUACCACCGCCGUAGCUACCGGCACCCUUAUCACUGUAUCCAGCUGCAUCCUUUUCUGGCCGGUAUCAGCAGCCAAGAAGUUGAGAAAAGAUUUGGAAGCGACACUGAUGUCGUACAAGGUGCUCCUGAAACUGCUGACCAAAACCUUCCUGUUGGAUGAUGAUUUGCCAGAGUUCAAGGCCAAUGCCACCCUUCAGAAAGCGAUUGAUUCGCAUCGUGCCAGUUUCACCGCGCUUCAAAAAUCCUUGAAAGAAGCCAAACUCGAAGUCGCAUGGAACCAGGAAAUGCGCGGUCGUGUCCCCGAGUAUGACCGGGUCGUGACAAGCAUGCAGCGUCUAGCUCAGUACGUUGGCGGUUUAAAAAGCAGCUGUGGGUUGCAAUUUGAGUUGAUGAACAUUAAAAAGACCAAAAAGGGUUUUUUUCGAUCUCGUCGGUCGCAGGGCAGCGCUCAGGGACCCAACAAAGCGUGGAAUAUCAAGGCCGGAUACCGACGUCGACGACUUGAAGAUGAAAUGCGACGACAAAAGCUCAUGCUCAGCUCGCCGGAAGACGACGCUCCGGAAGGAUGGCCGCUGCACCGAACGCCUUCCACCGCCAGCGGAACCCCUUCCACGUUGCAUGAAUCCUCGGGAUAUAUCCAUGAUUAUACCGAUACACGGCGAGAUGGCGGUUUGAUUGAAUUUAUCCAAACCAUUCGACAACCACUCAAAUCCCUUGCUUACACGUGCAAACAAACACUGCUUCAUCUGCAGCUGUGCUUCUCCACCAAAGGCUGCAUUUAUGCAGACGAAACUGCACCAUCGUUUGAAACACUAAAGACCAAUCUCACCAAAGCCAUUUCGUUGUUCGAAGUGUCACAACGUCAGGCCGUCGAACGGUUGCACCGACAUCGCCUUUUCCACACACAAAGCGAUCCUGGCUUUCCUUUGCCGCCUACGAACAUUGAUGUGAACGAUGCCGACUCGUAUGCUCCCGGCGAAGAAAUGUUUUUGGUCUAUUUUUUUGUCUUUAACAUGAUUGAGUUUGCGCGUGAACUGAUCAACUUGGUGGAAGCCGUGGGCCAGCUUGCCGAAAAAGCCAAACGUCGCUCAAGCGUUUGGUCUUGGUUGAAAACGUGGCGAUCCUUCACGUCCUCCAAACAACAUCGCAAAGUUCCUUUGAAAGGCUUCAUUCCCAACGAACGUCACACCGUCAAUACGCUUCAUACGCCACAACCCAAGACCCAGUGGCGACGUUUCUUUAUUCGAUUAUGGUGGUUCCUGUCGCUUUUCAAAACCCAAAAGAUACGAUACGCCACCAAAGCGACCGUUGCCACCAUCUUGCUAGCCGUUCCCGCGUUUCUGGAAUUCAGCGGCGCAUGGUUCCGUGAAUGGAGAAUGGAAUGGGCGCUUAUCACGCUGAUGGUGGUGAUGACUCCUACUGUAGGCGGUACCAAUCAGGUGGCUGUGUAUCGUAUUUUUUCCACAGUGUUGGGAUGUUGUUCGGCCAUGGUGUUGUAUCUGCUAUUUCCGGGCAACAUGUACAUUCUGCCUUUGGUUACUUGGUUAUUCUCAAUUCCCAAUUUCUGGAUCAUUUUGAACCACAAGCACGGCAAAUUUGGUCAAUUUACGCUUCUUGCUUACAAUUUGGUGAUGCUAAACAAGUACAACGAUCGUGAAGCCGACAGCAUCGAGGUAUGGCGUUUAGCACUGCAACGGUGCCUUGCUAUUCUGGUCGGUGUCCUGUUUGGCUUGGUCGCCACCGCUUACAUUUGGCCAUAUGAAGCUCGGGUCGAGCUACGAAAAGGAUUAUCCGAUUUUCUGUUGCGACUUGGAUGGUUGUACCAAGAACUGGUCUCUAUCUAUUCCCGAAAGCCGCAUGCUCGACGCUCGUUUUUUCUGUUGGUCGAUAUCAAUGCGUAUGCUCCGGAAAUGAAAGAAUUGCCUUUGGAAGAACAACGGCGCAUUGUGACCCGCAUUUUUAUGGAUUUGGAACUUGGAUUGCAACGUACGUUAUUGGAUCUGCAUGCUUUGCUGGCCCAAACACCGAACGAACCGCGCUUGAAGGGAGCGUUUCCUGUGGACACUUACCGCGAAAUGCUGCGGUCAUGCCAAAAUAUUGUUGACAAGUUCUUGUCUAUUCGGACCAUUAUCCUAAAGGAUGCCUGGUUUGAUGAAGUCCAGCGGGAUUUCAUCGCGCCUAUUAGCCAGGAAAAUCGGGAAAUGAUCGGCAAUGUCUUGCUCUACUUUUACUUGCUGGCUUCCGCUUUACGUCUCAAGACGCCUUUGCCUCCCUACUUACCACCUGCUCGUAAAGCGUGGCAGUCUUUGAUCACCCGUCUGCGGCAGCUUCCAGUGGUCCAAUCGAAACAGAUGCUUGAAAAGGAUCACAUC